AUGGGCACAAUCUCUAUUCUUUAUGCUUACCGUAUGGUCUUGAAGUUCGGUAGACAGCUCCGGCUUGGUUGGGGUGACGAACAGCUGCAUCGCUCCAGACCCAUCUUUCAAGCCCCCCAACCCUGUGCCCACUUGCGUCGAUGA